AUCAUGGAUACAAAUAGAAGCUUAAUUUUUUUAUUAACCGUCAUUAUAAUAACUGGAAUAAAAGGUGCGAGGAUAUUAGCAUACUUUCCUACACCAUCAAUAAGUCAUCAACUGGUGUUUCGACCCCUAACACAAGCAUUGGCAGCGCGAGGCCAUGAGGUGAUUGUUGUUACGACAGAUCCAGUCUUUCCAAAGGGAAAAACACCAGCCAAUUUAACGGAAAUUGACGUCCAUGACAUCUCCUAUGAAAUUUGGGAAGGACUUUAUCAACAUCAUACAGGAAAUAAACGCGAUCUUUUAGUGCAAGUGAAAGCAUUUUUUGAAAAAUUUACCAACAUCUUUUAUGCUCAAGCACAAACAUUGGAAGUGAAAGAAAUUUUAAAGAAGGACAGGAACCAUUUCGACCUAUUGCUACUUGAAGCGUGUAAUCGAGCCGUGAUGGGGUUUUCACAUAUAUUUGAUGGACCGGUUAUUACUAUUAGUUCGUUUGGGGCUGUUCCUGCACAAUACCAUACUAUGGGUGCCCCAGUACAUCCAUUAUUGUACCCAACACCUGGAAGGCAGCGAUUGUAUCACCUGUCUCUACUGGAAAAGAGCAUUGAACUGUUGGGGCACUUCUUAUUCGAGUUUUUAAUUACCGAAUCUGAUGAUUACGAUCAUAGAAUAAUGAAAAAAGUUUUUGGUGAGAAUACUCCAACCUUUCCAGAGUUGACGAAAAAAAUUCAAAUGUUGUUUUUAAAUGAACAUCCAUUAUGGGCCGACAAUCAUCCCGUACCUCCAAGCGUUCUUUUUAUCGGAGGUAUUCAUGAAACCAAAGUUAAGGAAUUGCCUACAGAUCUUAAAAAUUAUUUGGAUUCUUCAAAGCAUGGAGUAAUAUAUGUUAGUUUUGGUACUAACGUUCUACCAUCAUUACUUCCUCCAGAAAAGAUCAAGAUUAUGGCGAAAGUUUUUUCUGAAUUACCAUAUGACGUUUUGUGGAAAUAUGACAAAGAUAUUUUACCUGGACGCUCAAAAAAUAUCAAUAUAUCUAAGUGGUAUCCUCAACCGGAUCUUAUAAGACAUCCAAAAAUUAAACUAUUCAUAACCCAAGGAGGUUUACAGUCAACAGAUGAAGCUAUAGAUGCUGAAGUGCCUAUGAUAGGCAUUCCCAUGUUACUAGAUCAAUGGUAUAAUGUUGAGAAGUACGUUCACCAUAAUAUUGGACUACAAUUGGAUAUAACGAGUUUGACAGAACAAAACUUUAAGCAAUCCAUAGAAAAAAUUAUGAAUGAUAACAGCUUCAAGAAAAAUAUAACGCGACUGAAGACACUUAUGAGAGAAUACCCCAUUAAGCCCCUUGAUAAUGCUGUUUGGUGGACAGAACAUAUAAUCAAGUACGGUGGAAACCACUUAAAAUCACCAGCUGCUGAUAUGCCGUGGACAGAAUACUAUGAAAUAAAGCUAGUGCUUAUUAUAUUCGUAAUUUUAGUUACAAUCUUAGCUCUAUUGUGGUGGAUCAUGAAAUCAAUUUUAAAAUUCGUGUUUAAUAUUUACAGGACAAAUAUCAAGUUAAAAAUAUACUAGAACAGUGAUUAUUUAAGACUAGCAGUAAUAUAUUAGUCUUAGAAUUAUUGUUGUAAUGUAAAUACUUAGACUUAUUUUUUGUUGUUACUCGUUACUGUUUAUUUUGUGUAUAAGUUAGGUAUUAAGUUUUGUA